GCUCAGUUGUUCGCCAGCAUCAGGUUCACAAUGUCCUCCGAUUCCACGCUGUACUUCAGUGCCGUCGAGGAUAUGUUCAAGGAAGUGUUAACAAUAGGGGACGAGAAGAGGGAUCCUGGAAACGAGGAUUUCUCCGAAACACCUAAACGUUGCGUACGAUUGCGCCAGCAAAAGUUGUUCGCGAACGAUACCGCGAGUUUUGUGAUAGGUCGCCGUUCGCCGAGGAUUGAAUCCAAAAUCGAUCUCAACAGAGAUGUAUCUCCUGGAAGGCGAAAGGAGCUGCGCGGCGAGGAAAUCCUUCGGAUGCGCAAGGAUCGGGCGGAAAAGGAGCGUCUGAGGCCCCAAAGGCGUCUUACCAUGCGGAUUUAGUGCCACACCUAUCGAUAUGAUAGCUAUCCACCGAGUUCAUUGUGUUCCCCAAUCGAAGUGCUUCCCUGUUGUAUGCUCUACUUUAGGAUUUAUUUUUAAGCUCACCUAAGUAUGCUAAGUUUUGAGUGCCAAUAAAUAAAGUUAUUAGUGAAUAC